AUGGCGCUCGCCGGUCACUACCACAACGCGCACGCUAUGCUCGCGCGGUUUUGCGCGCUGUUUAAUCCGGUCACUUGGGCGGGCGCCGAAGAUGAAAGCCACGACGCGCGCGAAGGCGAUGAUGUGACGCUCCGUUGUCGCUUCAACUUCGAGCCUCUUGCCGGAGAAUCGCCCACGUACUACUGGGUGCGAAGCACCGCUAGCGGACACGACAAUGUCGCUAUCAAGGACACGCCGCUCGAGACCAACUACCAAAUCACGUUCGCGCCGGCUGAGGGGCGUUACGACCUGUCCGUGUCAAACGUGUCGUACGAACGGGAUAAUGGACGCUUCGAGUGCCGGGUGAAGGCGGGGGGGUCGGGGCGCACGCUGCACUCGCAGGCGCACGCUCUGGUCGUGCUCACGCACCCUCGUGCGCCUCUGCUCUCGCCUGGCGCGCACGCUAAUGCGCAAGAGGGAAGGGAGAUCAAGCUCGCGUGCUCGAGCUCGGGAGGGUCGCCGGAACCUGUUGUCAAAUGGUACCGCGACGGUUCAACCUACCCGCUUGAAGCCAACAUGACGCACGCGCGCACACGCGCCGAGCCUACCAUAGCAACUUUAACACUCACACCAACAAGAGACGACGACGAUGCUGUCUUCCGUUGUGUAGUCUGGAACCGCGCUAUGCCGGAGGGACAGCAGCUAGAUGCAACUAUUCAGCUUAGUGUGAACUAUUUCCCUCGAGUCGAGGUCGGCCCAGAAAAUCCACUGCGAGUAGAACUCGACGGCAGCGCUACCAUGGAGUGCAAAGUUGAUGCCAAACCCAAAGUAAACUCCGUAACCUGGAUGAGGAACGGCAAAUUUAUAUCCAACUCCUUCACACACACCAUCCAGGGCGUGACCGUGCAGGAUGCAGGCAAAUACUCCUGCUCCGCUGACAACGGGCUGGGGCGCUCCGGCGAACGAGAGAUCUUCGUCGAUGUCCUAUACCCACCAACUGUUACUGUCGAGUCCAAAACCUUUGAGGCUGAAGAGGGCGGCACCGUCAAGAUCCACUGCGAAGUGUCCGCCAACCCCGAACCCAUAUCGAUAGAAUGGACCAUGGAAGGCAAACCUGACUUCAAACAGGACGGCAACGAUUUACUGCUGACGCGCGUGAACGCCGAAAUGGCCGGCACGUAUGUGUGCCGCGCCAUCAACGUCAUCUCCGCGACCAAUGGGAAGCGAGUCGAGCGCGCCAGCAGCGCGUCUGUAGCUGUUCUAGUCAGACACAAGCCUGGCCCGGCGCGCGUCAGCCCCGACCGACCAGUAGCACAGGAGGGCGCCGGUGUCACCCUCACUUGCACAGCGCGUCCGCCCGGCUGGCCGGCUCCACAGUACCGCUGGUUCCGCGAUAUCGACUCGGCCGAUGCUAAACCGCAAGUUCUCGCAACGGGCAACAAAUACACCAUCCCGAGCGCCCAUCUCGGUAGCGAAGGCGUCUACCACUGCCAGGCCACCAACGAGCUCGGCCACGGCGACCUCGCCUCGGUCACUCUCGAAGUCCACCAGCCCCCCAGAUUCCAAGCCAAACUCCAGCCCCACAUGACCAAGCCCUCCGGCGAACAAGACUUCUCCGUAACUUGCAGCGCGCUCGGCAAACCCCGCCCGAACGUCAAGUGGUACAAAGAUAACUCCGAGAUUAAACUCGACGGGAACUUGUACGAAGUCAAAACUGAUAUCACAGAGGGCAGAAACUCUGUUUACAACGUGCAGAGUACGCUGAGAUUCUACGGAAAGGCGCGACCGAGCACUAACGAUCUACUGCCGGAGGAUAGGGGGAUAUAUUCGUGUACGUUCGAGAACGAAGUCAAGAAAGUCGAGUCCACUAUGCAUCUCAGGAUAGAACAUGAACCUAUACCGAUCAAGCAACAGAAAAAAGUAGCAUACGACGUGAAGGAAGUCGCCGAAAUCUCAUGCCGAGUGCAAGCGUACCCCAAACCAGAAUUCCAGUGGUUCUACGGCUCAAACACGGCCCCACUACAAAUGUCUUCCGACGGACAUUACGAAAUAAACACUAGUACAGAUAACAACGAUUCCUACUUCAGCGUUCUGAAAAUAAGAAAUGUAAAACCACAGGACUAUGGGGAUUAUUACUGCAACGUCAAAAACUCGCUUGGGAGCGUGCGACCGCAAAUAAAACUACAACCUAAAGGCGCACCCGAAACGCCUAAAGCGCUCACGAGCAAAAAAAUCGGCCCUAGUUACGUGACUCUUCAAUGGGAGGCUGGAUUCGACGGGGGUCUGUCAAGUACCAAAUACUUCGUGAGAUAUAGGCGCGUGGGAGCCCCGGGCGCUCCGGGGGCGGCGGACUGCGUGGCCGAGCGCACGGCGGCGCAGGACUGGAUGGAGUAUGACUGCGGGCGUUCCAACCCAUGCAAUGUGACACGAUUGGAUCAGCACAACUCUUACUCUUUCAAGCAUCUGACAUAUGCUUUCAAGGUGAAAGCCGUAAACACGAAGGGACAGAGCAACUACUCCAACGAGCUGACAGUCACAACCAAGGUUGACAAGAUACCCGCGCCAGAGCAGGUCACGUACGAGCCGAGCUCCAGGACCGUGGCGUUCAGCGUCGGGCCCACUUGCUUACCGCUGGUGGGCGUCGCGGAGGCUAUGCAGCCUAACCAUCAUUGGCAGGUCCUGGACACAGUACCCCUCCGUCUGUCCGGCGCCGCGUCCACGGCGCAAGAGGCCGUCCUGGAGUCCCCCGCCCCGCGCGGGCCGCGGCCCGACGACCCCAACCCUCGCCUGCGGCUCAAGCUGUGUCUCCAGGUCAACCAGGAGGUCUGCAGCGAUUACACUGAGGCUGACAUCGGCCCACCCUACAUAAAAGAAGCCUCAUCAUUCAGCACAGCGACCCUCGUCGCCAUCCUCAUCUCCUGCUUAGUCUUCCUACUCUUCCUAAGUCUACUCUUCGUAUUCUGCCGUUGCAAACGCAACGAGAACAAGAAAGAGACCGCCAAAGACUAUGAAAUGGAUUCCAUGAGACCGGCAAUGGUGACGCCUCAGAACCAGGCGCCUCCGCCUUACUACCCUAGCUCCGGGAUGGAGAAUAAAGCUCUAGAACAUUCUAUGGAGCUAGCACUAGCCAUGGAGGAUUCUAAGAGCGCUGUUUACGCGUCGCAGAGUGGCUAUGGUUAUCACUUGGCGCCGCAUCAGACUAUGCCGCAUGGGCAGCUGCAGCCGCAGUCGCACCCGCAGAAUAUGACCAAUACUGACUGGGUGAACAUGGGCUACAUAGAGAACAGCUACACGAACAGCAACAACGGAGGCAGCGUCAAUUCGCAGGACUCGUUGUGGCAGAUGAAGAUGGCAGCCGCCAACGGCGCCAUGCCCUCACACCCGCCACACCAGGUGCUCGACCGCCAGAGCCACUACGGCUACGACGCGCACGGCUACGGCGCCAUGGACGACUACGCGCCCUACCCGCUGCCCGCGCCGAGCGCCGACUGCCUGCGCUCGCAGAACCCGAGCCGCCAGGAGUACUGCUCCGACCCGUACGCGCAGGUGCACAAGCCGAAGAAACAACAGCAUAUAGAAUCCCCAUACCACGAGGUGAGCGGGCUCCCGGAGUCGUACGGCGGCGAGGCGGGCGGCGCCGGCGAGGACAAGCCGCAGCUGUCGCUCGGCUACGACGAGUCGCUCGAGUCCGGCUACUCCACGCCCAACUCGCGCGCGCGCCGCGUCAUCCGCGAGAUCAUCGUGUAGCCCGCCCCGGCCCCGGCAUGGCGACCCUGCCCGCCGUAAGUCUAGCAUUCACGGUCUUACGAUUGAGCGCUUGACAAAGCUGCCUUUGCACGGCAAAAUUGGUCAUUGUUAAACCUUUUUAAGGAAUAAUCUCUGUUUUUAUGUUUCGGAUAUUAAAAUUACUGUUCUAUUAACCAAUCUAGUAACAACUUUAUAGUUUUUGUACUAAAAUUACAGUUAGAUUCGCCAAUAGAACGGUCUUGUUAAUAUCUAGGAUACGAUAACAAUGUAAUCACUUGUGUCUUUGUGUGAACGCUGGGCUUCACACAGGCGAUUCUCUGAAUUAGGCUAGCCAGCACUUGCGUGAAACUUCGUCCGCGACUAAGUUGCAAGACGAAUAUUUGUUUGACUCUGGAGCUACGUAAACAAAUCGUGGGUUGAUGUGAACUUAAUUCGCAAUUUAACUGCCGUCCAAGCCUGCUGCCCCACAGUUGUGUCACGAAUCCCUUAGUAGUAUCAGAUUUUUUAUUCUCAAGCUUUAUAAAUGUAGUGUCAAUAUGCCCAAUUGUGAUUUAUGUCAAUUGUGAUAAGACGCCACUUAUGGCGAUCGCUUGUUGUGAAUGCAAUACAAAUUUAUUAUCAAAAUCUAUUCUGAGCGAAUGAAUACGUACAAUCGAAUAGUUUUACAGGUAUUUCGGUUCGUGAUUGACGUAAUUCAUCCCACAAAGCAAGCCGAACUCGCAACAAAUGUAUGUUUCUGUAUUACUAUCAAACGAGACUGAUAAGCCAUAUGAAAUAGGUAUUUCACCAGAGCGUGGAAUGGUUGCAGUCGAAAGUUUACUAUUAAAGUUGCAAUAUUAAUCGAAACGUAUUUACGAUUUUUAAAUUGCAAUAUCUACUUCGCGCGUCCAAAUCUGGCGAAUUCACCGCUAGUGUGUCAUUCGCGCACUAGGAAAGGAUCGCUAACUGAUUGGCUGAUUGCAUGCAUUUCGUACUUGAUGAGUAUUAUGUCAGCGGUCGUGCAGUACGUUCGUUUUCAUUAUCAAAUUUGUGCGUUCGGCAGAUUUGGACACACCUUAAGAUAUGUUCGUGCUUAUUUAAUUUUGAAAAUGUCGUCGCCGCACCGGGAUUAAUUCCAACUGUCAGCCAUUCCAACUCAUCCUCGGGUGGGUACCCGUGAGAACAUGCUCGUUCAUUAUUAAUACGUAAUUAAGCGUUGGUCACAUCAUAAACAAUGUUAAUCCUGUUAAUAAUUAAAAGGCUCAGUCGUAUGUAUUAGACAUCACUUGAACGGAGGUUGUACUUUUACCUUCUUUUAUCGUAGUAUCUAAAUUACAGAUGUAUAUUUCCCGUUGAUAUCUUCAAGUUUUAGAAGAUGACGGAGCUGAUAUUAUAGGUAUAAUUUAGUUGGUAAGUUGUUAAUGUUAUGAUCAGAGUAAGUGGGCUAGUUAGUGUAGUUUCAGGUCUACGUCGCGUUGGUCGCUCGAAACCGUAAACUUUACUUUUUUAUUUGGACAUUAUAUGUAAAUUAUUCAUAGAACCUUGAGUUCUGUUGACGCAAAUUGAAGAAAAAAAAAGUGCAGACAAUUUACGUAGGUAUAAUUUUAAUUAUAAAUAAUCAAAAGUGGGGGGUAUGGAUUAUAACUGAGCGGCCCACGCCCGACUGUCAGGACCAUAAUUAAGAAAAAUAUCUUAAGAUUGCGUUAAUGAGCUUACUAUUGAAUUUAUAAGACGUCAGUCUCGACGUCACGUGACGCACGAGGUGGAAGACUGUCAUAGCUGUAACGAUAGAUAGGUUUUCCAAUUAUUUGUCUCAUUUCCGUCUAAGAUCUUAGUAGGAUAUGUCGGUCUAAUUAUGUGUAAAGUCAUAUUUCCACAUGUGUAAAUAAAAUGCGUAAUUAUAAGUCUUCUUGUCAAUCUCUAUUGAGGCAGCUGUAUUUUAAGUAUUUUUACUGGAUUUUAUUAUUGUCAAUGUUCAAUUUUUGCUUGUUUUAAUAAAAAACUAUUCUACUUUCUGAUAUACUAAUAACAUUUUGGUGUAUAAAUAAUAUCUUUUAACAUUUAUUAACUUAGUCAUUUAAUUUAAAUACUCUUGAUUGAUCUUGAGUGCCAUCUUAUUUUUCACGAGGUAGCGAACUCAAAACUACCUGCGACGGUAAAAAUUAUAUUAUAUUUAUAUAAUUAUAGUUUGUACUCAAGAAACUGCCACGAACGUAAUAUUAAAAUGUGCACUAUUUUUGUCUCAACCAAUUUUCACGUAGUUAAAUUAAAUUCUAGAAUGUUACUGCCGCUUCAGACGUAUGUAAGGAAAUUGAUCUCAUGUUCACCCGCACUCAUUAUUGCAACUUUUAAACGAAAGCACUAACUCACUUGCGCUUGUCAAAUACGUUAAUAUUAUGCAAUGAGUUCCAAGUUAUGUUUAAAACAGUACUUUAACUUUUAAAAUCUGAAAGUCCAAUUAUGAAGUGAAUUAAGCAGCGACGCUCGCAAGUUCGUGCUAUGAAAAGCUGGAGUUGCUGGCAAAGUUUGAACUGGCCUGCGGCCGCUGCAUGCCUCUGGAAUUUUAUGUUUUGCACUUAGGUACAUUGCCCGACUCAUGCAAAUGAGCUAAUUGCAAAAUUUUGUAUUUUUGCCUAUUUUUUGCUCAGAAUAAUUAAUAUUUUCGAACUUGAUAAUACCGGGUGAUUUUGGGGUAGUUAAGAUGGGUCAUACUGAACAUGUUUUCCCAUGGGACCUUCUAAUUUAAUACCAUUACAUAUUUUUUUCUCGAUUUUGUGGCUAGUCCCAAUGGGAUUUUUGUUUAGUAUGACCAUCUUAAUAAAUUUUUGUUAAGGAUCACGACCCCAUAAUCACCCAGUAUACGAAAAACUUGGACGGAACGAUUCUGACCAAGAAUAUACCAAGAGGAAAGUUUAAACACAUAUAAUAUGGAUAUAUUUCUAAAGGGCUCACUAUAACUUUCCCAAGCCAACUAGACAACUUCCACGGGACAGUCAUUUAAGACAUCUUAGACAUGUCCGCCAGUGUGACAAUAACUAUAUUUCGUAAGCGUACCAUCGCAUAACGCAUAAUUGUCUGAUUGGUUUGAGCGACUUAUAAAAUAAGCCUUCAAAACACAAAUUCAUUAUAAUGUGCACAAAUUUCACGCUAUUAAACUGCUCAUUAGCCAUCACACGACCAUUGACAUGAGCACUUAAUUAAUUUGUACAUUACAAGUUGAUUCGAUACGUACUCUGUAAAAUUGAUGCUCAUUAUUACUUAGUACAAAUAUAAAGCACAAUUUGAUGAUUUCAUUAUUGUGUUACCUCUGUCCAAAUAUGUGCCAAAAAGAGCAUUCUCAUUAAAGGACUGAGCACAUAGCCGGGACAUAUACAUUAUAAAAUGUAUAUGUUGUUGAGCAACGCUUCUAGGGACUAGAAUUCAACCAUAUAACAAUACAAGUAUAUGACCGUCCAUGGAUAAAUGCGCACCUAAGGUGUGUAGAAUAAGAGAUACUUUGUGACUAACUCAUCGAACUAUGGUGUUUGUGGCAGGGAUCGGAAACCGAUAUUUUUUGUAUGGGAACGAAAACGGUAUUUUUUCGUUCUUUGUUAAUUACUUCAAUUCUAAUUAGGCAAUCUAAUAAUACGAAGUCGUUAUCUGAAAACAACUGAGUCCUACAUUUAGAGUAUAAAAUAAACCGAAAUAUAUGGUUAUUUCGAUGUUUUUGCAAAAAACCGGUUCCGAUCCCUGGUUUGUGGGCCUACCGCGAAAACCGAAACUAACAAAUUGCGGGAUCUCUUUUCACCAAUGAAGGCGUAAUUAGACAGAGAAAGAUGCCCGCAAUUUGCGAACUUCAAUUUUCACGAUUAUAGCCCUGGUAUAAUAUAACAAGUGUUUAGCCCAAACACACCAAAUAGCACAUCCCGCCGGCUGUGUGAUCACUCCUUUAAUCGAAAGCGUUGUCCAGGGUGAGCGACAGAACGCGACAAGAUCGCCGCGAUGCCAUGCGACGCGGUUUUGUGCCCAUCCCGACGCAAAACUGAUUAGAUUCAAUUAAAGACGCGACUUUAUAAAACUAGUACAUAAAAUAACUUCAUUCAUAAAAAGUGCAUGUUUUGUAUCGUAACGGGUCACUCGUAAUUGGGCCAUUUUUUGGUUGUGGCCGUGUUUGGAAAGUCUUGCUAAGGACGCCAACGGCUGCAGCCGACGGCUUCGCCAAUGCAAUAGGGACUUACGCGGGAGUCCGUAAAGUUCAAUAUCGCUUAAAUAAUCGCGAUCGCCUGGCGUCCCGGCCAGGGCCACGGUAUAUUCCUUCGCCGUCUGGCUUUCAAAAGGCUAAACACACUUUUUUCUCAUAGAAAAAUCAAGAGCUCUUGAUUCUGUGUAGAAAAACAAACAUAAAUAAUCCCAAAAUAGAAAAAUAUUAAACAACAUUAAAUAAAAUGGACCACUUCUGGAUAUCAUUUUAUUCUUUAAUAUUUUCAUAUUGCACACUUUGCACAAAGUUGUCGCUGACUUUGGACAACGCGCAACCCAUCGUA